AUCUCUAUAUAUCUCAUUGCAUCCCAUGUAAAACACAUCCCCACUUGAUCAACCUCUCUCUCAAUUCCCUCUUCAAAACUUUGAAAAAUUAAUCUAUGGCAUUGCCUGCUCUCAAAGCACAGCUCCAAUACUCUGUACAAUCCAUGUUUGAUGAGGGAUUAUUGGAUGGUCAGUUUGCUCAAAUUCAAGCCUUGCAAGAUGAAUCCAAUCCCAAUUUUAUUUCUGAAGUUAUCACCUCCUUCUGCAAUGAUGCUGAAAAGAUCAUCACAGAAUUGAACAAACAUCUGACUAAUGAGCAAAAUGUGGACUUUUUCAAGCUAGAAUCCCGUGUUCAUCAGCUAAAAGGAAGUAGCUCAAGCAUUGGAGCACGAAGAUUGAAACUUGCUUGUGCUGAUCUUCUACAGGCUUUCGAUUGCAAAAACAAGGGAGGGUGCCUGGAAGCUUUAAACAUAAUCACCCGAGAAUAUUGCCUCAUUGGAGCCAAAUUUCAGACAUUAAUUCAGCUAGAGAAGAGAAUCUUAGCCAUUGAGAGCAACCAACAGCAACAGGAUAGCUACCAGGCCACUGGAUCCAUAUAAGGAAUCUCAUAAACAUCGUCAACUUAAUUUUGUGAUAUGAGUGAUGUUUUGGUUUUGAUUUUACAGUGAUUUGAUUCUUAUUUUUGCAAUAAAUAUUACAGGAAUGAUAUAUAGUUGUGAGAUGUUUUUUCUGAGUAUUCAAUAUAAUCAAAUUUUAUUUGUGA